AUGGCCCUUCAGACAUUAGUCGCUUCCAAUAACACAUCCCUGAUCCAGCCAGGAUUCUCCCUGUUUAGAUUCGGAAGACAUGUCUUCUUCUUCGGACAAAAGGGAUGGCCAAAACGUUCCUGCCCCACAGGUGUGUUCCUGGUGAAUCUCAAAAACAAUGAGUUGAAACUUCGUCCCUCCACUUUCAACAAUGAAUCUUGCUACCUCCCACCAUUAAGGCAUCCAGCCGUGACAGGCCUUUCGGAUAGUUCAGACGGGGAAGUCAUCCAAUAUCUGAUCCAUGGAGGGAAGACGCCAAACAAUGAGGUGUCUCAAAAACUCUACGUCAUCUCAAUGGCCUCCUCGGUCAACAAAAAAAUAACACUCUGCUGUACAGAGAAGGAUUUAGUAGGGGAUACUCCUGAAGCAAGGUAUGGCCAUUCCAUCAAUGUAGUCCACAGCAGAGGCAAAAAGGCAGUCCUGAUAUUUGGUGGAAGGUCCUAUGUGCCCUUGAAUCAAAGAACCACAGAAAAAUGGAAUAGUGUUGUUGACUGUCAACCAUUCAUCUACCUCAUCGACCUCCAGUUUGGUUGCUCUACUAUGCACAUUGUCAAGGAAAUUCAAGACGGAGUUUCUUUUCAUGUCUCUAUAGCCCGCAAUGAUACAGUCUACAUUAUUGGUGGACACUUGCUUGAAAAUAAUGUAAGAUCUCCAAAGAUCUACAAGAUUAAUGUGGAUCUACUUCUCGGAAGUCCAGCCAUAACUUGUAACAUUCUCCAAUCUCUCCUGUCUUUUUCAAGCUCUAUUGUGACCAGUACCUGUCCAGAUGAGUUUUUUAUUGUUGGCGGCUAUGAGUCCGACAGCCAGAAGAAGAUGACUUCUCACAAAGUUUUUCUAAGUAAUGACGACAUUGAAUUCAAGGAAGUUGAGGCUCCUGAUUGGACAGGGGAAAUUAGGCACAGCAAGACAUGGUUUGGGGCAGAUAUGGGUCAUGGAACUGUACUUAUGGUCAUCCCAGGGGACAACAAGAACCAACAUUCAGAUAGUAACUUCUUUUUCUACCUAAUCAGUCAUGGGGAAGAGGACAAUUUGAUGGCUCAGUCAUGCAGUCAAGGAUCUCUUGAAGACCAAGAGGACUCCAUGCUGCUUGAAGACUCGGAGGAGUUCAUGUUCAACACAGAUGGGUUAAUUUCUGAUGAAGACAUGUAUAACGAGGACGAUGAAGAAGAUGAGUCAGAAACUGGGUACUGGAUCAAGUGCUGCUCUGACUGUAAUCUAGAUAUUAACACUUGGGUCCCUUUUUAUUCUACAGAACUUAACAAACCAGCCAUGAUCUAUUGCUCCAGCGAAGGUGGCCACUGGGUUCAUGCCCAAUGUGUGGACCUGUCAGAAAAUAUGUUGAUCAAUCUGUCCGAAAACAGCAUCAAGUAUUUCUGCAAUGAACAUAUUAAAUUGGAAAGGGGGCUGCAAACACCUAAGAAGAUGACCACUGUUAUGAAACCAUCGAUUAAGCGAGUAGGUCGAACACCAUCUAUCAGCAGAAUGUCACCCGCAAAGAAGUCUUUUCUCAGACGCUUGUUUGAGUAA